CGUUGUGAGUCGUCGUACAUCGUUUUGUAACGUUUUUGAAUUUUGUAAUUUGUUGUAAUCUGUAAAUAAAUAUAUUCUCUCUACAUUUCUAGUUUAAAUAGACAAUACAAACGUAGUCAUGACGGAAAACUGGAGAUUGGAUCAUCGCGCGAGAAAGAGGAUCAAAGAGGUGAAAAAGAAGGCUCGACCAGAACUUGCUGAUAAAACCACGUGGAUCCAGCAUGGGUAUUGUAAAAUUUUUCAAAAAUUCUGGGAAUUUCAAGACAAUGCUGAACGAAUUGAUGAAUCCAAUGUGACUACAGAAGAAUUUGUAGAAAAAUAUGAGAAACCAUACAAGCCUGUGAUAAUACGAGGUGUUCAAAAUGGCUGGAGAGCCCAACAUAAAUGGACUAUAGAGAGAUUAGCAAAGAAAUAUCGAAAUCAAAAGUUUAAAUGUGGAGAAGACAAUGAGGGAUAUAGUGUAAAAAUGAAGAUGAAAUACUAUGUUCGAUAUAUGUAUAAUAAUGAAGAUGAUUCUCCUUUAUACAUUUUUGAUAGCUCAUUUGGUGAACAUCCAAGACGAAAAAAAUUAUUGGAAGAUUAUGUAAUUCCUAAAUACUUUCGGGAUGAUCUUUUCCAUCAUGCAGGCGAACAUCGAAGACCACCAUAUCGUUGGUUUGUUAUGGGACCUGCGAGAUCUGGUACAGGAAUACAUAUAGAUCCAUUAGGUACCAGUGCAUGGAAUGCAUUAAUCUCUGGCCAUAAACGCUGGUGUUUAUUUCCUACGCAUACUCCUCGCGAACUUCUGAAAGUAACUGCAGCUGAAGGUGGUAAACAAAGAGAUGAAGCUAUUACGUGGUUUUCCAUUGUCUAUCCACGCACAAAGCUACCUACUUGGCCAAAAGAUUGUCUCCCAAUAGAAAUUCUGCAAACUCCUGGAGAAACUGUUUUCAUUCCUGGUGGAUGGUGGCACAUUGUAUUAAAUCUUGAUGAAACCAUAGCAGUUACGCAAAAUUUCUGUUCGCGUACCAACUUUCCGGUAGUUUGGCAUAAAACGGUACGAGGAAGACCAAAAUUAUCGCGAAAAUGGUUAAAAGUACUCAACGAUAAAGAACCUGAACUGGCAACCUUAGCAGAAACUAUAGAUGUAAAAGAAGAUACCGGUGUUGCUAGUGAUUCUUCGAGCGGUUCCUCGAGUAGUUCAUCAAGUAGUACCAGUAGUAGUCAAUCUGAGGAUAGUGAGGAUGAUAGUGGUCAAGAAUCACUUACCGCACAUAAAAAGAAAAAGAGAAGAAAAUUGACUAAUAAUCAACCCUGACAAUAUCCAGUAUUUGGAACCUACAGAGACCUCAGACUGUACAGUAUUAACCAACAAUUAUUUGUACUAAGAAUAAAUAUUAUUAUUAUUAUUACUAUUACGAUCAUAUC